AUGGCGAGGCAGAGCCAGGCGCAUGACAUCUUUGACAACCCUGCCAGCAAGAUUCGCUACGAGGCGUACUCACGCCUGCAGGCGGCGGCAGUGGCCUUUGGCGAGAAUUUGCCCAUCCCGGAAAUCGUGUGCAUCGGCGGGCAGUCGGAUGGCAAGAGCUGCCUCCUCGAAGCCUUUCUGGGGUUUCGGUUCAACGUCAAGGAGGUGGAGAUGGGCACACGUCGGCCGCUGAUUGUGCAGAUGGUGCACGAUCCGUCGGCGCUGGAGCCGCGGUGCCGGCUGCAGGAGGAAGAUGGCGAUGACUACAGCGCCAUCAUCCCGGAAGCAAGCAUCGCCGAGGCAAUUCGGGAGCGCACCGAGGUGCACCUGCGCAAGCUGGGCGCAACCGUCAGCAGCAAGCCCAUCGUGAUGCGGGCGGAGUUUGCGUAUGCCCCGAAUCUGACGCUUGUCGACACACCGGGCUUCAUUCUCAAGGCGCGCAAAGGCGAGGCGGACAGCACCCCCGACGACAUCAUGGCCAUGGUGAAGGCGCAGUGUGCCCCGCCGCACCGCCUCAUCCUGUUCCUGCAGCAGAGCAGCGUGGAGUGGUGCAGCAGCCUGUGGAUGCACAUUGUGCAGGAGGUCGAUCCUCACUACACCCGCACAGUCAUGGUGGCGAGCAAGUUCGACAACAGGCUCAAGGAAUUCAAUGAGCGGUGGGAGGUGGAUAAAUACUUCUCUGCAAGUGGAUAUUUACCUCCCACAGUCAAGCCCUUCUUCGUGGCGCUGCCCAAGGACCGCGCCUCUGGCUCAGCCAGCAGUGCCGACUGGCGGCGCGCAAUCCAGGAGGUGGAUGGCGGCGUGAAGCAGCACCUGCGGCAGAGCAUCACGGGCGGGUUUGACGAGGAGCGCUUUGGUGCCCGCAUCGGCUUUGGCAACCUGCGCAGGUUUUUGGAGGAGGAGCUCGCAAAUCGCUAUCGGGAUUCGGCACCCGCCACGCUGGCCCUGCUACAGGAGCGGUGUGAGUCGGUGGCCAAGGAGCUUAUUGCAGCAGACAAGAAGCUGCAGGAGGCGGCGGACGUGGUGUCGCUGCGACGGGCAGCAAUACAUUAUGUGCUUAACAUUGCUACCAAGGUAUCGAGUAUGAUGGAGGGAUCGCCGCUCAUCGACCCCAUGCAUUUUGGCUGGACCACAGAGGAGGAGCGGUCGAGUAUCGCUGGGGCCAACUGGCCGGGCGUCGCUGCAGUAGUACGCCCGCCCAAUGCGGGCCUGCGCCUGUGCGGCGGCGCGGCAUUUGAGCGGUGCGUGCAAGAGUUCGUAGAAGCUGCAAAAUGCUUGGAAUUUGGUGUAGUUUCGCGUGAACGCGUAGCCAACAUACUACUGGCAUACAAGGGCAGGAAUGGCGGUGGGGUAGGCAUGGCGGCAGAGGAGUUGGCUCGGGGGGCAGCCCGCGAGGUGCUAGAGCCGCUGCUCAACUCUGCCUGUACGCGGCUGGGCGCGGUGGUCAAGCGUGCCUACGACAUCGCGACAGAGCAGGCGCAGCUGCAGCGCGGGUCAGGUUAUGAGCGCCUGCGGCCUUACGUGGCGUUCCAUGCCGCCCUGCGCAGCGCCUUCCAGGCCUUUGUGCAUGCGCUGGAGGAGCGGUGCAAGGGCAUCCUGCUCCACCACCUGGAGACAGCCACGAGCGAAUACGCCGUUGGCUUGGUGGCAGGUAGGAAGGCAUGCUGCGAUCAGGAGCGAGAUGAAGCGGGGAGUCGAGGGCCGUGUGCCUGCUCCUUUUGUCGCUGUGCAGAAUCAAGCACUUUCGAUGAGCCGCCUUCGGUAUAUGACCGGAGUGAGGGCGCCGCUCCGCACAGCGCGGAUGAGAACGAGCCGGCCAUGGGCCGCCCCCCCUUCGCAGAGACCCAGCAGACUGUGCCCGAGACACCCAGCCCCGACGUGCUCACCGUGAACAAGCCCGACCACCUGCGGCGUGCGGCGUUGGCGGCGGCAGCGGGCCGCAAUGUGGACGAGGACUCGCCGGGCAAGGGCAGGGUGGCCAAGGUGCCACGCACCGCCAUGGUGCCCCCAGCAGCCUCCGCCGGCAGUGCCUACCUCAACGUGUGCCACCAGGCUGCCCGCCUGUUUGGCCGCAUCCGGCAGGCAGUGGCGUGCCAGGCGGCCCCCGCCACGCUGAAGAGUGCCUUUUUGGAGCCUGUCGGCACGCAGCUGGCAGCAGAGCUGAGCGUGGAGCUGUUGGGGCGCCGUGACGAGGACUUCAUGAAACUGUUCACAGCGGCGGGGGUGCUGUCCGCGCUGGAGGCCAGCCGUGACGCGAUGGCCAAGAGGGUGGAGGGGCUGGUGCGCUGCAAGAAUGAGUUCCAGGAGUUGGCGCGCUGCCUUUGA